CCUCUGUUCUCCUAAUUUUAUUCUUUUGUCUAAGUACCUGCUUCUAAUAAGAGUCCUCUUUCUUCAAGACACCUUUUUGUGCAGCUCCUUUCGCAGUCUACAUUCGAUUGGCGAUGGCGAUGCAAUAUAUCAAUUACAUCAAAGCCAAGGCACAUUUGGCAACGUCCAAGCCGUCUGAAACUCCAGUCCUUUCCGAGGAAGAUGAACAGUUUCUGGACCGAAUCACAUCCCAGGAAAAUCCACCUCCCCUUCCUGCACGGCCAGAUAUAGUUGCACCCCUCAGAGAUGCUCAGGUGGCUCUCAUGGAUGGCGCGCAGAACAUUCCUCUGCCAGAAACGCCAAACGAGGUCACUGAGGAACCCACGAUGAUUCAGAAUGCCGCUGAAGCCGGGACAAUGGAAUCUGCAGCAACCAAACCCAAGGCCACCUGGAGCUGGCUUCGACGCGACAGUCGCGAAAUCCGUCAACAAGGGCGCGAGACAACGGCCGCCGGUCUGGAUGAUAUCGUCGCAAACCUUAAGAAAGCUGAAGAGGAAGAUAGCGAUGAGGUCAAGGAAGCCAAGAGGGAAGAAGAAGACAUGACCAUUGUCCUCGAACGACUCAACUUGGCCGCCAUCAACAAUCGAGUGUUUUCCAUCAGUGAUGAGACCCAGGAACUUUUGCGACAGUUCAAUCUCGUCUUCAAAGACCUUGUCAACGGUGUACCAACCGCCUACGAUGACCUAGAGAAACUCCUGACCAAUGGAGACAGACAGCUACAGAAGACCUUCAACUCUCUCCCGGGUUUCUUGCAGAAACUCAUUGAGAGGCUGCCAGAGACCAUGACCAAGGGUCUUGCACCAGAAAUCAUGGCCGCUGCGGCAGAACGAGCUUCCAAGAGUGGUAUGAAUAUGGGGAACGCCGGAAAAGCUGCAGCUGCAGCCUCCAAGUUUGGAUUCAAGACACCUUCAUUGAAAGAAUUGGUUGGAAAACCAGCGGCCGUCACUGGUAUGUUGAGAUCGAUCCUUGGCUACCUGCGGGCAAGAUUCCCAGCCUUCAUGGGGGCCAAUGUGCUGUGGUCACUGGCAAUGUUCGUAUUACUGUUUGUCUUCUGGUAUUGUCACAAAAGAGGCAAGGAGGUCAGACUGGAGAAGGAACGCAAACUUACAGAAGACGAGAUGGAAAAGCUUGACGCCGAAUUUAAAGCUGAAUAUGGCGAUGACAUACCAUCGACCACUGCAGAAGCUGGAGCGUCGAUCGAAGAAGUCAAGGCUGGAGUCAAAGAGGCUGCGGCUCUGAAAGAAGCCGGCAUGGAGGAGGAUUCAGUGACAGAGAAGCCCGUGGAUCCGGCCAUUAUCCCUCCAACCACAGUGCCAUGAUUUAGCGAGUGCAAUACUCCGUAUCUGGGCUACGACGAUCACGAUUACGAUGAACGAGUGAUGAAAACUGGUGAAUCAUACUCGGUAGGUGCCCGGUACCGUAGGUGGUAACCUGGAAUGACGAACGAAGCGCCAAUCUGUGGGGUAUUGGGAUUUUUUAUUCGGAUCAAGUUUGCGACUAG